AUGUUUCGCGUUAUCGGACGACUUCCUGCAAGUCUUGACGAGAAAGCGGAUUCAGAUGCGGAAAACGACGCGGAUAGAGUAUUCACUGACGAGUCCGAUCCCAUUUUUCCAUGCUAUAAUCAGUAUCCAAAGAAGUCGAUCAGGCUCUCGGUGUCCAAAAACUCAGCUAGACUCAAAUCGAUAAACUUGAACGAUGUCCCGAAAAAGGGAGUGACCACUCUACCAAUCAGAAGAAAAGGAUUCCGUACUCUCGAAGAUCCAUUCAGAAAGUACAAGGUUCCAGAAGAAGUGAUUGAUUUUAUCUUCUCCAAUUUGCGAAAACGAGAUCUUCUUGCUGUAAUGGCUGUGUGCAAGAGUUUCUAUGCGAUCGGAACUAAAUCGAAGAACUGGCUUAUCACUGAUGUCAUGGAGCGUCCAGUCUCAGAGUUGGCGUUAGCUGGAUUGAUGAAACGAAAAAUCCGUGUUCUCCGUCUGGCCGGUGCCAAGGCAGAUCCGAUGUCUCGCGUUAACAUCCGCUUGUACGCCAAAACCAUGCACAGUCAAUGCCGUCUCGAGUUCUUGGAUCUUUCUCGUGCUAAUCUCACCGAGCGUCAACUCCUAAUCAUCUUGAAGCCAUGCGUUAAACUUCAAUGUUUGUCGAUCGAAGGAAACAUUUUGAACAAUGAAGUGGCCAGAUGCAUUUCUGCCAAUCGCGAUCUCCUCGAACUAGACAUAUCCAUGACUAGAGGAAUCAGUGCGGAAGGCGCAAGAAUGAUCGUUCAAAACUGCACUAAACUUGAGCAAUUCAAUGCCUCUUGGUGCGAACUUGAUAAGAAAGCGCUCGAUGUCAUUGUUCACAACAUCACGGGAAACAUUCGAAAGUUGAGCCUUUCUGGAUCGGUUCGUGGAUAUGGAUUGAAUGGCGAGCACAUUGAUAUUCUAUCACAGAAAGUCGAUGAAGUAGUGGAUCUCGAUAUAUCAGACAAUGGAGAGUUAACUGAUGCAUCAAUCGCCACUCUUGUUGCUUAUUUUCCACACUUGACUCAACUUUCGAUUAAUCGCUGCUAUGGAAUCGAUCCGAACAUGCUAAUACAUCUAAACAACAAGGCGUCACUCCGUUAUCUGAACGUUCACGGUAACAUUACGGAGAACAAUAUGGACGUAUUCCUUAGAAUGUGUGAUCGUCUCCGAAUCAACAACCAGCUGUUCAAUCACACUGCGAAACCUGUCACAAACAAUGAUUAUACUAUUUGGGGAAACAUCAUGCUAGAGAAAUAG